CAAUAAUAACUGCAAAGAUUUCAUUUAAUAAUAACAAAAAAUGUCAUCCAAUCCAAGUAAAUUUUGUUACUUUUUUGGUAUUGAUCCAAAAAGUGGUCAAAAUUUAACAGAAGGUAAUCGUAAUAUGAAAGAUUUAUUAGGUGGUAAAGGAGCUAAUUUAAGUGAAAUGUGUAAUUUAGGUGUUCCUGUUCCACCUGGUUUUACAAUUUCAACUGAAGCCAAUGUUUUAUUUAACAAACAUAAUAAUUAUGCUUCUAAUAUUGAAUUGGAAGGUGAAACUAAAGUUACUAAAGAUCAACUUCCACAACAAAUUAUUGAUGAAGUUAAUCAAUAUUUAACUAAAUUAGAACAAGUUGCUGCUAAGAAAUUUGGUUCUCUUCAACAAGAAGGUGAUAGAGUUUUACUAGUUUCUGUUAGAAGUGGUGCAGCAGCAUCAAUGCCAGGUAUGAUGGAUACAAUUUUAAAUUUAGGAUUGUGUGAUGAUAAUUUACAAUUAAUGAUUUCCAAUUUUGGUGGUAAUGAAAGAUUUGUAUGGGAUUCAUAUCGUAAUUUAAUUCAAAUGUUUGGUGAUGUAGUGAUGGGAGUCAAGUAUGAAAAAUUUGAAGAAAAUAUUCAAAAACAAAAAAAGAAGAGAGGUAUUUCAUUAGAUAUUGAUUUAACAUUGGAAGAAAUUAAAGAAAUUGUUCAAGAUCAUAAAGAAACAAUUAGAGAAAUGACAGGUGAAGAAUUUCCACAAGAUACAAGACAACAAAUGUUUAAAGCAAUAAUAGCAGUAUUUCAAUCAUGGUCAAAUAAGAGAGCAAUUCAUUAUAGAAGAAUUCAUAAUAUUAGAGGAUUGAAAGGUACAGCUGUUAAUAUUCAAACAAUGGUAUUUGGUAAUAUUGAUAAGAGAUCAUGUUCAGGUGUUUCAUUUUCUAGAAAUCCAUCAACUGGUGAAAAUAAGUUUUAUGGUGAAUAUUUAACACAAGCACAAGGUGAAGAUGUUGUUUCAGGUGUUAGAACUCCUGAAAAGAUUGAAAAUUUAUCAAUUGAAUUUCCACAAUGUUAUAAUGAAUUAAUUAAUAUUUCACACAAAUUAGAAAAACAUUAUAAGGAUAUUCAAGAUAUGGAAUUUACAAUUGAAAUGAAUCAAUUAUACAUGUUACAAUGUAGAAAUGGUAAAAAAUCAGCUGCUGCUGCAUUACAAAUUUAUUGUGACAUGUUAGAUGAAAAUUUAAUUACAGAACAAGAAUCAAUUUUAAAAAUUGAUGCAUCACAAUUAGAUCAAUUACUUCAUAAAUAUUUAACAGAUGAAGAAAUUCAAAAACAUGAACCAUUAGCAAGAGGAUUAGCAGCAUCACCUGGUGUUGCAGUUGGUAGAAUUGCCUUUACAUCUGAACAAGCAAUUGAAAUGGCAAAAGAAAGAAAAAUCAGAGGUGAUGUUAUUUUAGUGAGAACUGAAACUUCACCUGAAGAUUUAGCUGGUAUGCAAAUGUCACAAGGUUUUUUUACAACAAAUGGUGGUAUUACUAGUCAUGCAGCAGUUGUUGCUAGACAGAAUGGUAAAUGUUGUGUUAGUGGUUGUUCUGCAUUAAUUGUAAAUGAACAUGAAAAGACUUGUACAAUUAAUGGUAUUGAUUUUAAAGAGGGUGAUAUUAUUACAAUUUCAGGUUCAACUGGUUUAGUUUUUAAUGGUGCAUUGAAAAUGAGUGAACCAACAGUUACAGGUGGUAAUUUUGGUAGAAUUAUGGAAAUUGAAAAAAAGUAUCGUACAAUGGGAGUUUAUGCUAAUGCAGAUACAACAUCAGAUGCAAAGAGAGCAUUAGAAUUUGGUGCUGAAGGUAUUGGUUUAUGUAGAACUGAACACAUGUUCUUUGAAAAGACUCGUAUUAUGGAUAUGAGAAGAAUGAUUUGUGCUACAUGUGAUGAAAAGAGACAAGAUGCAAUUACAAAAUUGAAACAAUAUCAAAAACAAGAUUUUAUUGGUUUAUUUAAUGUAAUGGGUGAUAGAAAAGUUACUAUUCGUUUAUUAGAUCCACCACUUCAUGAAUUUUUACCACAUGAAGAACAUGAAAUUGAAGAAUUAGCUAAUUUAUUGAAUGAAGAUAUUCAUAUUAUUAAGAGAAGAAUUGAAGAAUUAACUGAAAAGAAUCCAAUGUUAGGUCAUCGUGGUUGUAGAUUAGGUAUUACUUUACCUAAAAUUACACAAAUGCAAGCAGAAGCAAUAUUUGAAGCUGCAAUUGAAAGUGAAAGUGAAAUUGUUCAUGUUGAAAUUAUGAUUCCAUUAAUUUCAUCCAUUCAAGAAUUGAGACAUCAAAAGGAAAUUAUUGAUCGUAUUGCACAACGUAUUAUUUCAUCCUCAUCUUCUCUAUCCAAUAAGGUUAAAUAUAGAGUUGGAUGUAUGAUUGAAACACCACGUGCUGCUUUAUUAGCAGAUGAAAUUGCAUCCAUUUCAGAUUUCUUUAGUGUUGGAUCAAAUGAUUUAACACAAAUGACAUUUGGUUUUUCAAGAGAUGAUGCUGAAAAAUUCUUAAAAGAUUAUAUUGAAAUGGAAUUGACUCAAAAUGAUCCAUUCCAAAUAUUAGAUAAUGAAGGUGUUGGUCAAUUAAUUAAAAUGGCAGUACAAAAAGGUAGAAGUGUUAAACCUGAAUUAACAGUUGGUUUAUGUGGUGAACAUGGUGGUGAAAUGAAUUCUGUUCAAUUCCUUCAUACUUGUGGUUUAACUUAUGUUAGUUGUUCACCUUUUAGAAUUCCAAUUGCUAGAAUUGCUGCAUGUCAACAAUCUAUUUUAUCUGCUCAAAAGAAGUAACAAUUUUUAUUAUUAUGAUAAUAAAUUUAAAUUUAUAAUUCU